UUGGUCAGAAUGUGGAGAAAAGUGAACCCUUGUACACCGCUCUUGGGAAUGUAAUGUUUCUCAAACAAGUAAAAAUAGAACUACCGUAUGAUCCAGCAAUCCCACUUCUCGGAAGAUACCCAAAGGAAAUGAAAUCAGUAUCGUGAAGGAAUAUCUGCACUCCAUGUUUAGUGAAGCAUUAUUCACAAGAGCCAAGACAUGGAAAGAACCAACUGUCUGUCAACAGACCUUCUGCCAGAAAGUGGGCCUGCUGUGCACGCUUCAGGAUAAGCUGCAGCCCCAGGACUGGACGUUGUUGGACGAACCGCUGCAGGGCCUGCAGACACUGCUGCUCAUGAUUUUGCGGCAGGCCUCCCAUGGCCUUUUCCUGCGCUACCAUGUGGAGGCCAUAACCCUGCGUCGCAUCAGUAGCUUCCGCCAGUACAAGUAUGACCUGGUGGCAGUGGGCAAGGCUUUGGAGGGCAUGUUCUGCAAGCUCAACCACCUCCUGGAGCACCCGCACCAGCCGUUCUUCCUCUACCUGCUCCCAACCCUGUCCUGCUUCGUCUCCAUCGGCCUCUACAUGCCCGCCACCAGCUUCUUGCUCCUGGUCCUUGGUUUCAAGGCUCUGCAACUGUGGAUGCAGCUGCAUGAGGCUGGAGUGGCCUUGAGGAGUUCAGGGGGGCCCCUGGCCCUAGUGUCCCCCCUCCCCCAGCACAGGGUGGUAAGCACACAGGUCCCAGGCAGGGGCUGGAUGGCUCUGAGGCUGGUAGCCCUGAUCUACCUAGUACUGCAGCUGGGCUGCAUCGCCCUCACCAACUUCUGACUGGACUUCCUGCUGGCCGCCACUAUGGUGCUACCGCUGUGCUCGCCGAGCCUUUGGGCCCUGGACCCUCUAUGUUGCCCUGCUGGUGUUGACAAGCCCGGCAGCCAUGCUCCUUGGCAGCCCAUUUCUGUGGUGGGAGCUGCAGGAGGCGCCACUGUCACUGGCCGAGGGCUGGCAGCUCUUCCUGGCAGCGCUGGCCCAGGGUGUGCUGGAGCACCACACCUAAGGCGCCCUGCUCUUCCCACUGCUGUCCCUGGGCCUCUACCCUUGCUGGCUGCUUUUCUGGAAUGUGCUCUUCUGGAAGUGAGAUCUGCCUGUCCAGCACACCAGGCUGGGACAGAGACUCCCCAAGGACCCCAUUCUGCCUCCUUCUGGGGAAAUAAACAAGUGCCUGUUUCAGCUGCUUAAA